GGCAAUAGGUUUUAUUACCACACUUAUUUUUAUUUUCGGAAAUUUCUCCUAAAUCAGGAAUUCUCCUCAGAAAUCUUCCGAAGUUUCGUUAUCGGCUUUCAUUUCCCGUCGUAUCCGUUCCUAGACUGACAAGGGUGUUGAUGAAAGGUACUCUACUUUUUUAUAUGAAUUAAUUUACCUUCUGAGGUUGAUACCACCAAGGAGGUGCAUGCGACGCGGGCACGGUGACGGUGUACGUACUCUGGGAUGACCGACGGACUGUGGUACAACCAUAAGGGCGGAGGUAGCAACUACCAGUGCCUGCCUACGGACCCCGAGUGGGGCUGGCACAAGGACGGUUCACAGAACAGCCGGGAGGCCUACAUGUUCGGUGCGGAGUACGAAAUCGCCGCGGACUCUCCCUACGACGCCGGUUCACUUAACAACCGUAACGUGCCGUGCGCCGUGUGUCACACACCGUCCCGCCGCGCGCAGCUGAUGAUCCCCGCCCGUCAGACCUGCCCGGGAGGAUGGACGCGGGAGUACGGGGGCUACCUGAUGACUGCCCACCACUCCUACAGCCGCACGGAGUUCGUGUGUAUGGACGGGGAGCCCGAGGCGCUGCCGGGCGGGGAGGGGAGCGAGAACGGCGCGCUGUUCUACAUCGUGGAGGCCCGCUGCGGGUCGCUGCCGUGCCCCCCGUACGUGGAGGGGAGGGAGCUGACCUGCGUGGUGUGCACCAUGUAGACAUCACGAAAACAGAAACUGGACAGUCGUUAUUUUUCUGAAUGCCAAAAGUUCCGUGUUGGAAGCCUUAAGAACCAAACGUAUUAAUGACUGCUCUGUUAAGCUUCACUGCAAUAUUUCUAUUGUUUAUAACAUGUCAACUUAUAUAUCUGGAUGUCUCGAUUCGACGAUUUGGUAGAUAUUUCAACCAUUGACUUUCAAAACGUAAAAGAAAACGUUAUUGCUUAUAUGAAGUGACAAAACAAUAUCAUAAUGUAUGUAGGGAUCUUGUAUAUGUAUUGAAGCAAUGGAAGAAUUCGAAUAUAAAGAGGAUACUGGUAGGGUGAAGCAGUCAGAAUUGUCAGAAUUGCCCUGAGGAAGGUGACAGACUGUCACCGAAACGUUGUUGCG